GUUUUCCAUGCGGGGAUGGAGGUGAUUACCCACCGCUAGCAGAGGGAAGAGGGCUGAGCCUUUCAAGCUGCUGGGGGAACUUGAAGAGAGCAGGGGGAGGAGGAGAAGAAGGAUUGAUAUAACAAGAGCGGCUGUCGUUGCACAGCGCAAAUCGUACUCCAAGUCUUUGAACCAAGAGCGAUCAAGGGGAGCGGGCUUUCCAUUCAUUUCAAGCGCAGGCAACUUUUCUGUCUUGAGUCCGUGGCGCGGGUCCGUUCACCAGUUAAUACUUAUCUUUUUAAAUACUUUUUAAAAGAAAAAACAGACAACGAGACAUCAGCUCAUCUGAAACUUUACGAGACCUCCGAGUUGGGAAGUUUGUUCCCCGUACUGUCCGCAUGACAUUUUUUUAAAGGACUUGAGAGCCUGUCAGAGUUUCUACACCUACAGCGUGGUGUGGGAUUUUGAGCUGAAACGGGGAGUUCUCAAAUGCAAAAGUACAUGUAUGAGAAAGCGAUGGCCCAAGAGACAAGGAACGGAGGAACCUCAACGUUAAAUAACAACAAUGGUGUUGACAACAGUAAGAAGAAACUGCUAAUAGUGCUCGACAUCUUCUGUCUUCUACUUGCUAGCCUGCCUUUCCUGAUCAUUGAGACUAGCACCAUAAAGCCGUACCAGCGCGGGUUUUACUGUUCGGACGAGUCCAUCCGCUACCCCCGAAAAGAGGGAGACACCAUUAGUGAUGCUGUGCUUUGUGGUGUUGGCAUUCUUAUUGCCAUCUUCUCUAUUGUGAUUGGAGAAUGCUUCAGGAUUCACCAACUACAUGAGGGAACCAAGUCCUUUGUUGGGAAUCCCUACGUUGCAGCCCUCUACAAACAGAUGGGUGUGUUUCUCUUCGGUUGUGCCAUCAGCCAGUCAUUCACAGACAUUGCUAAGGUGUCAGUGGGUCGCAUGAGACCCCACUUCUUGGAUGUGUGUAAGCCAGAUUUCUCCACCAUCAACUGUUCACUGGGAUACAUCACUAACUAUACCUGCACUGGUGAUGAGAGUAAUGUUCAGGAGGCCAGGAAAUCGUUCUUCUCAGGACAUGCCUCUUUUUCAAUGUUUACCAUGCUCUACCUGGCCUUCUAUCUCCAGUCCAGGUUUACAUGGCGUGGUGCUCGUCUCCUCCGCCCGUUGCUCCAGUUCACCCUGUUGAUGAUGGCAUUUUACACCGGCCUAUCACGUGUCUCCGACCACAAGCACCACCCGACUGAUGUACUUGCUGGCUUUGUGCAGGGAGCCCUGGUGGCCUACUGCAUAGUGUUCUAUGUGUCAGACCUGUUCAAGCCCAGGGUGAAGCCGGCUACGCCCCCGCCCUCCCCGAUCAAGAAGGAGCUGCUCCCUUCAUCCGACAUCAUUGAGAGGAACAACCACCACAACAUGGUGUGAGAGAGGCCACAUCUCUUUCCUGUGACUGAGGAGCCAAUCACAGCGCUGCUCACCUCCCAUCGGACAGUAGAAUGUAGCGACGAGAGACUGUAGCUGCUUCUCAAACGGCAUCCUCCUCCUUUCUGCGGUGCCCAGCCAGGCACUUUGUGGACUAGGGUGUCAGAUUUGAGAUUUGCACAGCAGAGUCCACUCUCACUAUCCAGACUUGUUAUUUACUAUUAUGUUAACUACUAAUCAACUUUUGAGCCCAUCGUUUUGAGCACAAACCGAAAAGAAUUGGAAGCUAGAAGACAAAAUGAAUUAAGAAAUUGAUGACUUGACAGGCAGAGCUGAGGGUGUGGAGGUUUGAUAGAAGUGUAACCACAUAAAGGGGAAACACUUGUGAAGAAAAUGAAGAAAAGAGACAAAAUGAAAAAAAAAGAAAAGACAAACCCCCUGCCUAGGGAGAGAGGGAUUUUCAUUGACACUUCCUCACUGAACUCUCUGUGGCCUUGGAACGCCGUAGGACAACUACUUCCUUAGUUAUGGGAAGGAUAUUAACUGCAAUAACUAGCAGCAUAGAAAUAUUAACAGUAUAGAAAAAUAUAACUUAUAGCACUGUUUUUAAGUCCAUUGUCCAUUAUCACCACUUGCUGCCUGAGAUGUCUGACUAGAAGAAAGCUUGAUGAUGCUGACGUCCAUGAGACAGAAAUACGGACUCCCAGAAGCCAACUGAGCCUGGUGUCUUCACAUUCAGACAGGAUGAAGUUAACAUAGCAUGGCUUUAAUAACAGUAACUGUGCCAGUAGGUGCCUGUAAGGAUCAUACACUGAUCUUUUUAGGCCUUUAUCACAGAUUUCAGAGAAGUCUUUUGGAUGUCUUUCAGACCUUUAGCAUUGGAAAGUGACGCCCUCCAACCUCAUAUACCUCUGUCUCCAGAUUGAGCAUGUCAGGCUUUUUUGUAGUGGAUUGUCAGUGCAGCCCAAACCCGGGAUGUUGCAUUUCUUGAGGGUUAGAUGUAGUAAAGGGGGGAUAUUUUCUGUGGAAGGAGGGAGACAGAUCUUACAGCCCCUCAGCACCUGGACAAGAGGUGUGGCUGUGCCAUGACUCUCUGGUGUUGGGGACCACCUGUUAGUUUCCUGUACAGGAAGAAGAAUGGGUGAGCAGAGUGAAGGGGUGCGAUCUGUCACCGUGGAAAGAGGGUGAUGAUUUACAGCUAAGCUGGCACAUUAUUUUGGGAUGAUUUGGGCUCUUUCCGCUGGCAGGGAGGGGCCUCUCACCCACCCAAUCACUCAUUGGCGAUGGAUGUUUAUCUCUCAAUGUGUGUGUGUGUGUGUGUGUGUGUGUGCGUGUGUGUAUCCUGUACACUCUUGUGCUUGUGUGGGUAUGCCUGUGCUUGUACAUGUACAUCUUAUGUGUGUGAAUGUCUGUGUACAUACAUAUGAGCGCUGCGCCCUGUGAAAAAGAACCCCCUCUUGAUAAAAUAUGUGAGUGUCAAAUGAAACACACACACUGUCAGCUGUGCCUAGUGUGUGUGUGUGUGUGGUGUGUGUGCGUGUGUGUGUGUGUGUAUGUGUGUGUGCCACUGUGUGUCAGAGAGCAAGAGAGCAGGUGAGCGUUAUAAAAACUGUGGAUCUAAUAUUUUUAUUCUCUGCUAAGAAGCAUCUUUAACCUUGUAUGUUUUACAGCCUGUCCUGUAUAAUCACUAACAGUUGUACAGAACCAGAUACAGAAGCCCUUUUUAUUUACAGCCUACUCAGAUAUCCUCCUCCAACAACACACUUCGCCAUGUUGCACAUCUUUCUCAUCGUAUAGUCCGUCCUAUCAUUUCACAAAGCCGUUUUCACUCUCUUUUUAUAAAUAUAUAAAUAAUGUAUAGAUCACUAAAAUUAACUCUGUAAGAUAUUUGUUUAACAUGUUUAGAUAUAUCCACUAUGAUUACAGACCUGUGUUCUUUACAAAAUGCUGCUUAAAAAGCAUCGAUCGAUUGACAGAUUUUUGUAUCUAGAUAACUAAACUAUUGUAGAUUGUAAUAGUUACGUUUGUAAUAUGCAUUCAAAAACAUACAUCCACAAUUGUAUUAAAUUCAAUAUUAGUAUUUUUGUAUUGUCUUGUUUUUUGUACAAAAGAAAUAGUAGCAAUGCUGUUUUUUCUGCUAAAUGUACUUAGCUCUAAUACAUGUGCUUUUAAAUAAAAAGCUCAUUAUGAACACAA